CGUUGGCGAGACAAACAUGGCGACAACGUCCCAGCGCCGAUCGUCGCGACUUGCUCCAAGCCAGGCAGCGCCAGAACCGAACAGCCGUGCCCCCCGCAAGCGCAAACAGGCAGCUCCUGCAACGGCAUCUGCACCAAAGAAGCAGCGUGCACAAGGGGCAGUCUUGGACAAGCAACACGAGCGUCCUUCGAAUGCAUCCGUGAAGGCAAAAUCGCCUGCGCUUCGCCGUAGCACGAGAACAACUGGUCCCCUCGUCAAGGUGGUCAACUCAAUGGUAGAAGAAACAGAUGAAGAAGACGACUCGACGCACAUGGACACUGCGGUUGGAGGUAGCGACGACGGAGUAGACGAUUCGAACGAAGUCACCGUUGCCCCUCGAAGCAGGGCAGCUCGAGUCCCGAAGAACGCUAAAGUGACGAGGGUAGAAUCAACAGCAUCCUCAUUGCCAUCUCGGCGUAGUCAACCCACACGUGUCAAAACUGAGCCAAAAGAGGAACAGUCCAUCAAAACGUCACCCCGCCUUCGCACGAGUGCAAAUAACAUCACGGUCAAAAAGGAGAGCGGCAGCGACAACAGCAGCGAUGAUUUCGUGGACUCCAAGGACGUCAAGAAGCUCAAAAUGACACCAACUAAGACCGUCAAACCAGUCGCACGACUCAAUGCCGACGGCGACCUUGCGUCAAGCGAGUCGGAUGAUAUCGGGUUGUCAAAAGGACGUCGUGCGAAGCGGUCGUCCACGAAGCCAGUCGUAGCAUCUUCGACUCGAGGGAAACGUGCCGUGACGGCGAAAGGCAAACGCAAGCAAAUGAAAGACGCAGCGGUGGAACUCGACAGUGACGACGACGACAGCAGUGAUUUCGUCGCAGGGAGCAGCAGUAGCGACGACGACCAAGUGACGAACUGGGCGGCAGCGCUGAAGUCCAAGGCAGCGCGUGGGAAGGACCUGAUUGAAGAAAGCAGCAGCAGCAGCAGCUCGGACGACGACAACGCCCCGUUGAAGCCCAAGAAAAAAGCCCAGCCACCUUCAAAACCAAAACAAGCUGGUGCGGGAAAGCGUGUCAAGAAAGACGGCGAUGAAGGAAGCAGUCCGGACGAACGAGUCCGGGCGCCCGUCGCGCCCACCGAAUACCCCCACUACGAAGUCGCAUACGCGCCGACUGGUCGAUCUCGUUGUAAAACGUGCGAAAAGACUCUGGUCAAGGGCGAAUUAAUUGUGUCCAUCCGUCUGCGGCACUCUCGUUUUGGCAUUAUGGCGUACAGCAAGCACGUGGAGUGCACUCUACUCAACGACCAAGUGCCAAAGGAGCUGCAUGGUUUUGAAGCGCUCGAUGGAGCCGACGUUGAGCGCGUCCGAGCAUAUUUGGCACUCAACACGAAGCGCGGUGUGGAAGACGAGCGCGUUGCGCUGGGCGACGAUGCUUUUAUCAAGCGCGACGUGCUUCCUGCGGGCAAACCGUCGAUGCAUUUGACGGCGGCGUUGCUGCCGUACCAGCAGGAAGGGCUCGCGUGGAUGAAAGCCCAAGAAGCGAGCAAGUAUCGCGGUGGCAUAUUGGCCGACGAAAUGGGGAUGGGCAAAACAAUUCAAGCAAUUGCCACGAUGUUGGAAAACGUCAAAGAAAUCAACAGAGCGGACCGCAACGCUGUGGCCGGGGGCACGUUGAUCAUAUGUCCGGUCAUUGCGUGCAUGCAGUGGAAAAGCGAAAUUGAGCGGUUUGUCGAAGCCAACCACUUGACCAUCUUAGUGUACCAUGGGCCGAAGCGCUCCAACUUGACGACGCACUUGGCAUCCUACGACGUCGUGCUGACUACGUACUCGAUCCUGGAGAGCGAAGGCCGCAAGUUGAUGGAAGCGGAAAAGGUGGCGUGCGCGUAUUGCGGCAAAUUGUUCGUGCCCGAGAAGCUCGUUCCCCAUAACAAGUACUUUUGUGGUCCGGACUCGAUGAAAACUGCCAAACAAAUGAAGCAGCAAAAGGGGAAAAGCAAAACGGCAGUGACCAAGAAGGUCAAGAAACUCAAUGACUCGGACAACAGUGAGAACAGCUCCGAUGAAGACAUUGCCCCCAUCAAGCGAUCGGUGCCCCCGCCAAAAAAGCCUAAGAAGACAGUCAAGCAAGCUCGAUCGCCCCUUCAUGAGGUCGAAUGGACUCGGAUCAUCCUGGACGAAGCGCAUUACAUCAAGGAUAAAAAGUGCAGCACAGCGCGGUCGGUGUUUCGGUUGAAGUCGUUGUACAAGUGGUGUCUGUCAGGCACGCCGCUGCAAAAUCGCAUUGGCGAGCUCUUUUCGCUCGUUCGGUUUCUCCAGGUCGACCCGCAAGCAUACUACGAAUGCGCCGAAUGCGACUGCAAGCAAUUGGACUUCAGCAUCAUGCAAGGCCACUGCAAGUAUUGCAAUCACACAGCGAUGCAGCACUACUCGUUUUUUAACAAAAAGAUCGUGAUACCCAUCCAAGGGUUUGGAUACGUCGCUGAAGGCAAACUCGCGAUGCUACGGCUCCAAAACGACCUCCUUCGCCACGUCCUGCUGCGACGGACCAAGGAAAGCCGCGCAGACGACAUCAGCUUGCCGCCCAAGUUGGUCCGCGUGCGGCGCGAUGCCCUCGACGAGCGGGAAAAGGACUUUUACGAGAGUAUCUACACUCAAAGCAAAGCCCAGUUCAACACGUACGUGUCAGCCGGGACACUGCUGAACAAUUACGCCCACAUUUUUGACCUCUUGAUUCGCCUUCGGCAAGCGGUGGACCAUCCCUACUUGGUAAUUUAUUCAAAAGUGAACCCCGCGCUCCAAGUCCCUACCCCCGACGUCCCUGCCCGAGAGGACAUGCCGCUGGUUGCACCGGGGACUACGAACGACAACGACAAGGAAGACGACGUGCCUUGUGGGUUUUGCCACGAGCCUGUCGAGCAGGAGGUCGAGUCUGCCUGCCGGCAUGUAUUUUGCAAAGCCUGUGUCGAAGACUACGUCGAGUCGUUGCCCAUGGGGGCUCCGGCACUGUGUCCGACUUGCGAUGACCCGUUGACCGUCGACAUCUCAACUGGAGCGCCGGGGGACAUGCCGGAAGACCACGAACAAGUGCCGGUCAAGGAAUCGAGAGCGAGGCAUAUCGGCAAGUCGAGCUUGCUGCGCCGUCUACCCAACCUUGGCGACUUUCAAAGCAGCACCAAGAUCGAGGCGCUGAUGGAAGAGCUCCAUCUCAUGCGGGAAGACGAUCCGUCAGCCAAGGCGAUUGUGUUUUCCCAGUUUGUCAACAUGCUGGAUUUGAUCGAACAUCGAUUGCAUCUGGCUGGUAUGAAGUGUGCCAAGCUGUCGGGUGGGAUGCCGAUGGCCCACCGCGACCGCCUGCUCACCGAGUUCCGGGAGGACCCGGCAUUGACUGUGUUUCUCAUUUCGCUCAAGGCGGGCGGGGUCGCGUUGAAUCUAACGGUGGCGUCGCACAUCUUCUUGAUGGACCCGUGGUGGAAUCCAGCAGCCGAACACCAAGCGAUCGACCGAACACAUCGGCUCGGACAAUUCAAACCGAUCCGGGCGACGCGAUUUGUGAUUGCAAAUACGAUCGAAGAGCGCAUUUUGAAGCUCCAGGAAAAGAAGCAGCUCGUGUUCGAAGGGACUGUCGGAUCGAGCACUGCGGCGUUGGCUCGGCUCACCAUCGAAGAUCUCCGCUUUUUGUUUAGCGGCUAGAAUUGUCCAGGCGGUGAUGGGACAAAAUUGUGGCGAUGAUGAGUAGCACGGGGCGAAUAUCUCGUUGCAGGGACUGACGCUAUCAAUGUAAAACCAUUCGCGUAAUCCAACAAACUCGAGACGAUGGAA